AUGCGAAGCACGCCGAACGAUCCCGCGUGCAUGCCAAACUUGUUCGCUGUGGCCAUGCCAUGGUGACCAUAGACGCCUUGUUCUUCGUUGGUUUACAGUACUAUGUUUGGUAGUGCAAGAUAAGAUGGUCUCCCCGCCGAGCUCCUCGCGCGGCGUGGCGCCGCCCAGCGCCUCGCCGCCGAGGCGGGCACGCUUCGAGGAUGAGGAUCGUGGGCGGGUGGGCUCCUUGGACGCACGGGAGUCUUCCCGGACGCGGAUCUCUUCCAGGCCUCCGGACGACAGCCGCGCGCGGAAGCUCUCAGUGACGGCGCCGCGGAGACUGCUCUCGUCUUCAGGCAGCCUUGAUCUCAGUCCCAGAAGCAGCGAGGCGACGGCUCUGUCCUUUGCUGCGACAGCCCAGCUGUUUGAUUCGGGGUUGCAGCAUUCGCUUCUGUCGCCCUCCCCCAGCCGCGACGGGGGCCGCGCCGACAGCGACUACUCUGACGACUUCGAGCCCGCGGGGCCCCGCGUGCCGCGGGCGCCCACGCCGCCGCGGCGGUCAGGUGUCCAAAGAUCUCCGACACCACCACGCUCUGCCAUGAAGAGUGCACAUGUGCGGUCACCCACACCGCCGGCCGGGUCAAGGACAGCACCGGCUGCACCAAAGACACCUUCGGCACCCAGUGUGCCACUGAAACCAGCGCUGGCUUCAAAACCAGUUGCACCUGCGGCACCUGCAGCCCCGCAAGCACCAGUGGGUGUUAGAGCCCCUGCAACACCUGCGGCACCUGCAGCCCCACAAGCACCAGUGGUCAGGGCUCCUUCAACCCCUGCUGCACCUGCUGCUCCCCAGGCACCAGUGAGUGUUAGAGCUCCUUCAACUCCCGUUUCACCUGCAGCUCCCCAAGCACCAGUGGUUAGAGCUUCAACUCCUGCUGCACCUGCAGCUCCCCAGGCACCAGUGAGUGUUAGAGCGCCUUCAACACCCGUUGCACCUGCAGCUCCCCAAGCACCAGUGAUUAGAGCUCCAUCAACCCCUGCUGCACCUGCAGCUCCGCCUGUUAGAUCCCCUUCCCCUACAAUGCCCGCAGUUCCAACAACACCCGUGGCUGUCAGCCCCCCCACAGCACCCAUUGCUCCACAAGUGGCUGUUCCAGCACCUGUAGCUCCACAAGCACCAGUGGUGGUCCGCACACCCGCACCCAGCGCACCACCCCAACCAGUCCCUGCACCCGCCGCAGCUGGGUCAGUGGCUCCUCCCAUUGCGCCAGUCCAAGCAGUUCCAGUGGCUCCAACGGCUCCAGUGGCUCCAACCUCCGGUGACCCCAUUGCACCCACUGCGCCCUUGCCGCCUCCACCCCCUGCGCCACCGCCUCCACCGGAGGUGGUCGAAGCGCGAAAAGAUGACGCCACGCUGCAGAAAAUGCUGGGCGACUUGAGCCCCAGCCGCGCGCGCACGCCGCGCACGCCGCGCACGCCGCGGCGCUCGCGGGGACGCCCGUCUCCUCGGGCGAGGUCACCGGGGCACAGCGAAGGGCGCCGGGUGCAGGUUCUGGUCCAACACCGGACUGACCUGUGCGCGCCCAUUUGCGAUGCCUUGGCUUUGCCGGACUUGGUCUUGGAGUCUGAUGUGACCGUGGCGGGAGUGCGCUUGCGGCGCGGGAUGCAGCUCGUCGUGCCGAAGAACGCCUCGGUCUUGGCGAAGUCACUGACGCGGAGUCGGCAGAAGCUCCUGAUGGGCUUGAAGACCAUGAGAAGCCUGGUCUUCAUGUGGCCGGAGUACAUGGACGAGGAGCCCGACUUCAUGACCUGGUGGUGGAAAUGCCCCGCCUGUCGUUUCCCCUAUCCCGUCCAGGCUCCGGAGGCGUUGAGUGGCGUUUCUUUGCUCCGGCGGGCGUUGCCGGGAGUGGACAACUUCUUGGAUGGCCCCGCGCGCGACCUUUGGGCACUCAGCGGCUUGAGCUUACCCGCCAAGCCCAAGCAGCCGCACGCGCUCCGCGAAGUCAACAACCGCUUUGGUGAUGUGACCGCACAGUGCAGCUGCUGUGGGCAGCAAGUGGGCACCAGUGCCUACAUGUGCCAGCUUUGUGGCCUCUUCGUUUGCCCAGUCUGUGAGAAGAGGUCUCGGAUGGACCACACUGCGCUUUGUUGCCCACCGGGACCCGCCGAAGGCAAAGCAGGAGUCCUUUACCAAAAGCUCUCCAACUCCUUAGAAGAGCGCUUUGACCUUUCUUCGGUCUUGGACUUUGGAUCAAUAGACAGGUUCCUGGCGCAGCCCACGGCGGCCGAAGCAGUGCAGCGGCUGUUGAAGCGGACGGCCGGACGGCUGGAGCGACUGAAAGGGCCCUGCGAGUACUAUGCUCGAGCAGCCUUGCUGCAAGGGCAAGCGCGGCGCUCUACUGCAGAGGAGCGUUUCCACUUGUUGCAAGAGGCCUGCGUCGCCCUACAAGAAUGCAUGGCCACUGGAGGUUCCAAUGUCUACAACCUCUACAAAAUCGAAAGUGGUGGCAACUCUAAAACGCCCAUGGAGAAGGAUCCCCGUGUCUGGUACUUGCUGGGGCUGGUGCUGUGUGACCUUGGCUCCUUCGAAGAAGCGCGGAAGGUCUACCGACAAGCUCUUUGUCGACUGCCAAUGUACUACUUUUCUCACGUGGUGCACUUCAACUUGGCGCUGCUCCGCGCGCGCGACGCGGACGCGGCCGCCUGCUGCGCCAGCGCGCAGCAGGUGGUCGAUCUGCGGCGGAGCUGCGCAGCGCUGCGGGCACCCAGGUGGCCGAGCUUCAAAGAUGGGUAGAAGAAUGUAGAAAUAAGUCUUGGGUUAUAGAUGGUUGUAUAUUCUUUUGUUGGUGGUCGAGUCUUCAUUAUGAAUAUCUAUCAGGUCCCACGGCACUCGGAUACUCUUGGACGAGCGGUUUUGGGCAUGGCCUUUGGUCGAUGGUACGAGUCAACAGCAACAGCCAUUGCCCAUGGCAGAUGAAGGUGUCCGUUGAUUGCGAUCAGGAACUUGACAAAUCCGCGGAAUCUGAACUCCGAAUUCCUUGUUUCUUGUUUUCUUGCUGCGGGGUGGACAGAAAUGCAAAAAUCACGCACACAUACCUGCCCUGCAGCUCGAGGCAGGAAGGUGGCAGAACCUGUUGGAUCUGCGGAAGAUAAAAAAUCAAUAUAAAUAUUACGUAUAUCAUUCCCCUAUUCAAUUAGAUAUAUUUAAGUCAUAUAAUUUAAAUAUAAAUAAUAUAUAUAUAUUAAUUACUUUACUUCGAGUGAUCCCCA